AUGUUCACCUGCAUGAUUUGUUCUGACCCCUCUGAGGAUGAAAAGAGAAGAAGAGAAAAAGCGAGAAAGAAGAAGAAGAAGAAGAAGAAGAAGAAGAAGAAAGGCUAUGGGGAUAAGAUUCAGAAGAAGAACAACCAGCUGCGGACUGCCGAGCAACAGCUUGAGGCUUUGGGAGGCCCUCGGGCCCCGCCGUACUCGCCCCUCUCCGAGAUAUAG